AUGCCUUCUAGCCAACAGUAUUCGGUUGUUCCCAGGGACGACUUCCCUGAUGACCUCGAGGAUAACCCAGUCAAAGCACCAAAAAGCAUAUUUGCGUCGAUUUUAAUAUGUAUAUCACUAUUGUCCUUUGGAAUAUUGUAUCUCACUCUUGGUGCGGCAUCUCUUGAACCAGCGAUCAAGUCAGACGAUGAAUACGCAACCGCUUUCCGAGACCAUCUGGCGAGAGCUGGAGGUGAUGAGUAUUUGCUGGGUGUUGGGAAAGCCGACAUAACUGGACCCGUUGUAGAAAUCAAUUUCAUGGGCUAUGCUAGUCUACCACAAAUCGGCACAGGUCUUCGCCAAAGACUCUACGCCAGAACUUUCAUUGUGGGUAACACGGCCGUCCCAACCGAUAGAUUUGUCUACAUGGUUCUUGACACUGCCAAUGGAGAUACCGCUAUUCGUAAUGGUAUUUUAGAAGGGGUUGCGGCUCUGGGGUCCGGCUACUCCAUGUACACAACAUCAAAUAUUGCUGUGACAGGAACUCACUCUCAUUCUGGGCCGGGAGCUUGGUUGAAUUAUUUGUUGCCACAAAUAACGUCCUUGGGUUUUGACAAGCAGAGUUAUCAAGCAAUUGUCGAUGGAUCGGUUUUGUCGAUAAAGCGAGCACACGAAAGUCUGAAACCAGGGCAUCUGAGCUAUGCCGACACAACCGUUGCGGAUGCUAAUAUCAACCGAAGUCUAUGGGCCUACCUCGCCAAUCCAGCCGCGGAAAGAGCACAGUAUACCUCUGACGUGGAUAAAACCAUUACAAUGCUCCGAUUCCAACGUUCUGUGGAUGGGAAGAACAUUGGUGUGCUAGCAUGGCAUAGUGUUCAUGGAACUUCUAUGUUAGAAAACAACACUCACGUCUCUGGCGAUAAUAAAGGUGUCAGUUCGUAUCUUUUUGAAAAGGCAAUGUUGAGCGACACCAGCGCUGCUCCUGGGUUUGUUGCGGCAUUUAGCCAGAGUAGUGUGGGAGAUACUACUCCAAAUGUCCUUGGAGCAUGGUGUGAUGAUGGAUCUGGCAAACAGUGCACUCUUGAUAAAUCUACAUGUAAUGGAACAAGUCAAGCAUGCCAUGGGCGGGGACCUGCGUUCCAGAAAGUUGAUCUAGGGGUGUCAAGCUGUUACGAGAUUGGAACUCGUGUAUACAAGGCAGCGAAGACUCUCUACGAUAAAUUUGACAGUGUCGCCACACCUGUUCAAGACGCAAGCGUCAAAGCUUACCAUACAUUCAACGAUAUGACCUUCUUCAAGUUUCCCCAUUCGAAUGGAAGCAUAGUACAAACUUGUCCUGCAGCUCUGGGAUACGCAUUUGCUGGAGGAACUACUGAUGGUCCCGGAGCCUUUGACUUCACCCAAAGUAACAACGACAGCAAUGCUCAAAACCCACUCUGGGUGAUCGUAUCUUCUGUCCUGAAAGCCCCUUCUCCGGAACAGAAAGCAUGCCAAUCGCCAAAGCCUGUCUUACUUGACGUAGGAGAACUCAGUACGCCGUAUGCUUGGUCUCCGAAUAUUGUAGAUAUUCAAAGUUUCCGCGUUGGUCAAUUUAUUAUGAUAGUUAGUCCCAGCGAGGCAACCACAAUGGCUGGACGGCGAUGGAAGAGCGCAGUCGCUAAAGCUGCAAUAUCCAUCACAACCACAACACCCAAGGUGGUCCUCGGCGGCCCAGCCAAUACAUACGCUCACUACGUGACGACACCCGAAGAGUACGGCAUCCAACGCUACGAAGGUGGAUCUACACUCUACGGACCUAACGAGCUCGAAGCCUACAUGUACCUUUCCGUCAGCAACCUGAAGUAUCUAGCCGGCACCACCACCGCCAAAGCACCAGCAGGUCCCUCACCACCCGACAACCGCAAGAACUCAAUCAGUCUGAUAACCGGCGUGGUCUACGAUUCUCCCAUCAUCUUUAGAUCAUGGGGUGACGUGAUCACAGAGCCAGCCGCAACCUACGCUCGUGGCGCCGUUGUAAACGCUACAUUCGUAGGUGCCAAUCCUCGGAAUAAUCUACGUCUGGAGGGUACGUUCCUGGCUGUGGAACAGCUUGUUGGAAGUUCAUGGACCACGGUCAGAGAUGAUCAAGAUUGGUUCUUGGUGUAUACUUGGAAACGUGUUGAUGGGCUUAUUGGGAGUAGUGAGGUUACUGCUAGUUGGGAGACGGAGAGUUAUGCUACACCGGGGACUUAUCGGAUUAGGUAUAAUGGUGAUUGGAAGGCAUUAGGAGGUAAGAUCACACCCUUUACGGCGGUUAGUAAACAGUUUACUCUAGUUUAG